CAGUCGUGAAUUUUCACUCGUAGAGAUGGUGCAUACUGAGUUUUGAAUUUGGUUAUGAUUUUCAGACAGAAGAUCGAGAGAAGUUUAAGACAGUAUCUAAUCAUGCCAAGUACAGAAUGGAGGGUGUCAAGGAGAGGUAUGGCAAGGCAUCUACCGAGGAAGUUGAAUAUGAAGAAGGAGAAGUUGAAUAUGAUCGUGCUGGUGGUGUCAUAAAUUGCCGGGAGACGGUCGUUCCUAUGAGGGGGGAUGACACGUCCUUUGUGAUCAACAAUAGAAGGUACACGCUUCUAUGGAGGUACUUUUGGCUGGAUGAAUACAGUUGUGGUAAAGGCCGCAUUGAAUGUGCUGCUGGAAUUGGAAAUCCCCGUGAAGGGAUCCCUGAAGAGAUGCCUCGACGUAUUGGAAAAAAAGGAGAAAGAUUUUGCCGCGAUAGUUGCUUUGGAAAAGGAGUUGCUUUUUGCCGACCUGAAGUUGUAUCUAUAAAAAGUAAAGGUUACUCCCGAGGAGAUGGGAGGCCUACAGGAUGGAGAUUCGACAUGCCUGAUCAAACAAAGACAUUUCGUGUGUAG